AUGAAUUAAUUAUAAUUUUCUUAAGCAUAAUCUCCAAGAGAGAGUAAUUUUGAUUUUGAGGAGCAACCUUAACUUUAGGAUUAAAGGAUUAAAGAGAAUAUAUUAUCACCCUCAAUAUUUAACAACGUAAUUUACAUUAUAUAGGCUAUAGAUGAAAAUUUUCGCAGCUAUUUAUUAAAUAUUGUUAAUACUAUUUAAUUCUUAUGUAGUGUUUGAUUAAAGUUCUAAAUUAUCACUUUUGUAUGUUACAAUUUUACAUUUUCUCCAAGUAGUACGAUUAGCAAUUCAUAAUUACAAGUAUUAUAGUUUAUUUAUAUAAGUAAUAUCUUGAAUGAUCAUAAUUGUUGUCUUGAAAUAUUUUGGGGAAUUUUAUCAAUGUCUUAUUAUGUAAUUGAGAAUUUAUAUUCUCUUAGUGCUGUUUUUUAUUCUUCUUGGAUAACUCAAAUUUUCCAAUUUAAUACCCUAUGAUAAUGUACUUUGUUAUAACUUUGGCUUGGUUUAUAUUCAUUGUACGUGCUUAUCGUUAAAAUAAAAAUGAAAAAAAUGUCACUUAACUUGUAAAUUUACAGUUGUAUUUGUAGUUUACAGUUUUUUUUAAAUUACUUUUUAUAAGCCAAUUAAUGCUAAUAAAUUUUAGAUAAAUUAAUUGGCUUAAAUGGGAUUGGAUAUACAUAUUUAUUAUUAUUUGGGCUUUUUUAACAUUUGCAAUAAUUCUCUAAAUAAUCUUUAUUUUUGAUUUAAUUGUGAAAUUAAUAUCUAUUUUAAAAGAAAACGAUAUACUGAACAAAUAAACCUUAAAUUAUUAAAGUAAUUAAGUUCUAUAUUUGAAUAGUUAUUGUUUCACUUUGGAUGAAUCUAUUUAUUCUUUCUAUAUCAGGUCUUUUAACAUUUACUAUAUUGAGUUAUUCUAUUUUUUUAAGUACAGGAAGGAAUCCCUUUAAUUCAAUGCCUAUUACAUUAUGUAUUUUUUAUAGUUUCGUCUUUACAAUAUACACUUGUUAUUUUAGAAGAACUUUGAAGUAUUGUUUAAUUAUAUUAUGAGUAAAUUCUUAAUGUCUUUUUAAACUAAGAUAGAAGAAGACAAUUAAAAUGAAAUUAUAGUUAGCGAACAAAGAUUUUAAUUUAGUUCUCCUAGCUCUAAAAGAAGGAAUCGUUUUAUAAAAGAUAAAAAUGAGAUUUUCCUAAAAUUACCGUAGUUCUUAGUAUAUAACAAUCUAUAAUUUAAGAUAAAAUUGUCUCAAACUUAUUUUUAACCCUUUGAACUUGGAGAACAUUCAAAAUCUUAAAAAUAAAUACAACAAAUAAAUGAAAUAAAAUAAGUGAAGAGAAAUAAGACCGACAUAGAUUAACCUAAAUUGAGCAAUUAAAAUUCCUUAACUGAAUAUAAAGCAGAAAAAGAUUAAAAUUGUUUUAAUUGUUAUCAAAAUGAUAGUUGUGCAGUUUAUAUGCCUUGUGGUCAUGGAGGCCUAUGUAUAAAAUGUGCAACUGAAUGGUUUACUGAAAAAUAAGAAUGUUUAAUUUGUCGAAAAGUAUUAAAACAUAAAAAUUUUAGCCAGUUGAGUCAGUUGUUAAAGUUAUUGAAUCAAAUUCUAAUACAGUUUAAAUUGUUGAUGUAGUUGCUUUUUGA